CUCCGGUUGACAUCUCUUGUGGUGAAUAAAGUGAGUAUCAAAACAAACAGGACAACGAUGGAAGAAAACAAGGACGCCAGCUUGUUGGUGAUCGUGCUGGACACUAAUCCAUCGCAACAAAUAAUUCGUAGUAAUCCACAUCAUCUCACACAAUGUCUCGACUCUAUCGUCGCCUUUGCAAAUGCACAUUUGAUGCAGAAAGCUCAGAAUAAAUUAGCAGUACUUGCUUGCCAUCACCAUGCAACCGAAUUUCUUUAUCCAACUCCGGGGAAACCCCUUGAAAUUCGGCAGGUUGAUGGUCAGUUUGAGGUGUUCACUCUGGUAGAGAAAACCAUUAAACAAAAACUGGCCAAAGUAAUCAAUGAAGCACCUAGGAUAACUUCCUCAACAGAGUCACUACUAGCGGGCAGUAUGGCCAUGGCUUUAUGUUAUAUCGCAAGGAUAAUUCGUAACAAACCAGCCGGGGUAAAAAUUAAUGCGCGCAUCUUAGUAGUGACCGGCAGCAACGAAUGUGCAUCCCAGUAUAUGACCUAUAUGAACGUGUUUUUUACAGCCCAGAAGCAGGGUGUUACGCUGGAUGUUUGCGCCCUGGAUAAGCCACUGAGUUUACUGCAGCAAGGGUGCGAUAUCACUGGCGGUCAAUAUCUGAAACUGCCCCAGUUAGAUGGAUUCCUCCAAUAUUUAUUGUGGGUAUUUUUACCUGAUCCUCAAAUGCGUUGCAAAUUAGUUCUUCCACCUCCAGUCAAAGUGGACUACCGAGCGGCUUGUUUCUGCCAUCGUGAGCUGAUUGAUAUUGGCUAUGUAUGUUCCGUUUGUCUAUCGAUAUUCUGCAAAUUCAGCCCAAUUUGCACAACCUGCCACACUGUAUUCAAAGCACCAGCACCUAUAGCUUCCAAACCAAAAAAGAAGAAAAUGAAGUCCUAGGGCUCACUUUUAUUAUCCAAUCUAUGAAAUAUAAAACAGCCUGUUUUCUAA